UUCAUAUUCAAACUCAAAAUAUUACUCAAAUAAAAACCAAACACCUACCACCCGAACAAUAUUACAUCGAUGAAAACAGCUUAUAUUAGCACAGCGCAGUCUCACUCUUUUCUUCCUCUUCAUCACACAAUUAAAAUCCGUUUCUCCAUCGAAUUCUUCUUCUUCUUCUUCUUCUUCUUCAUUUCCCGAAAGCAGAAUCCUUAAACCCUAGCUGAGAAUCUUGGUUUUGUAUUCGAUUUCUGAUCCAUGGCGACGGCUUAUGGAGCUGCAACUACCACUGUGAUACCAAAUGAUCCCAAGAUUCGAGUGCACAGCUUCAUCGGCUUCAAACCUUCGCAAUCUCUCGCUUUCAACCGGAAUCCUCACGUUUUUCUGGUUCCGAAAUCGACUCCAUCUGUUAUCAGAGCUGUCUCGACGCCGGUGAAGCCUGACACUGCAACUGAAACUAAGCGCAGUAAAGUUGAAAUAAUUAAAGAAGGAAGCAAUUACAUAAGAUACCCUCUUAAUGAGGAGCUGUUGACAGAUGCUCCCAAUAUAAAUGAGGUUGCCACACAACUUAUCAAGUUUCAUGGAAGUUAUUAACAGUAUAACUGGGAUGAGCGUGGUGCCAAGUCAUAUUCGUUUAUCACCAGUAUAACAGUAAAUUAAAAAUAAUUAG